CUUUAGGGCUGCCCGUUUCAGUGGAAACACCACAUGUUUCGUUUCCGCUCGGGAACCUUGAUGAUGCGCCGAAGCUGCCGUCGGGAGCUGGUUUUGGGAGGUAGGGCGCGCUGGGCUUAGCGGAGACUGGAGGCAGCCCGGGUGUCCCAAGGAGAAGGCCGAAGAAGAAGCAGUCACCCGCGGUCUCCGGUUCAAGUGGCGUCUCUUGCAGAGUCCCAUAUGCGACCUGCAAACGUGAGUCCGGCGCCUCCCGCUGCUCCAGUCGCUGCCGCCUUGGCAACCACCUCUCGCCUUCGGACAGCCUUUCCCGGCGGGUUGCUUUUGAUACCGGUCGCCCUGUUUUCCAUAUCUAUAUAGUUUCUUUUUCAACCAUGUGGGGCUAACUAAGAGGAGGGAAAGAGACUUCCCUGCCGCCCCUGGAGCAAUAAAUAAACAUGGAGGAAGCGACCGGCAGCAAGGAGGAGCAGAGCCGCCUGGGCAAUGGCGUGGAAACCCCCGCCGAGGCUGCCAUGGAUAGCUACUUGCGAUCUCAGGGAUUGUACCGCAAGCGAGUGGCGAAGGACGGGUCGUGUCUCUUCCGAGCGGUGGCGGAGCAGGUUUUCCACUCGCAGUCUCAGCAUCUUGAUGUUAGGAUGGCCUGUAUAAACUAUCUGUGGAAAAACAGAGAGCAAUUUGAAGCGUUUAUAGAGGGGUCAUUUGAAGAAUAUCUGAAGCGUCUGGAAAAUCCACAGGAAUGGGUUGGACAAGUUGAAAUAAGUGCCCUUUCUCUUAUGUACAAAAAAGAUUUUAUAAUAUAUCGGGAACCAAACUGCACUCCUUCUCAUGUAACUGAAAAUGGCUUUCCCGACAAGAUAUUGCUGUGUUUUUCAAAUGGCAGUCACUAUGAUAUUGUCUAUUCUAUAGACUAUACAAUCAAGGCUGCUCUUUGUCAGUCUAUUCUAUAUGAAUUGCUGUAUGAAAAAGUAUUUGAUGUUGAUGUGAAUAAAAUCUUAGAAGAACUGAACCAUGCUGAUUUAAAUAAGAAUGGCAGGGGGAACAGUGAAGAAUCUGAUUCAGAGGAUGAAGAUCUAGAAAGUGAAGGAGCUGCAACAAGUUAUAUGAAUGGCAAGAAGCUUCAUAAACAUGGGAAAUCUCACAGUGCUAUGACCUUGCCUGGAAAGGUUCUUCGGUCCCUCAAUCCAGUAAUUUACCAAAAUGUUGAAUAUGAAGUCUGGCAGCAGUCAAAAAGAGAUCAGCAAAAACAAGAUUUUUCUAUUGCUGCUGGCAUGCAGUAUUCAGUUGGAGAUAAAUGUAAAGUAUAUUUAGAUCACAGUGGAAGGUAUUACAACGCUCACAUUCAAGAAGUCCAGUCUGCAGAUGGACCAGUUGUGGUUUUUGUGGAAGAGCUUGGUGUUAGGCAUUCAGUACUGCUGAGGAACCUUAAACCUCUUCCACAGGCAUCUCCUUUGGAAACUUGGAGCACAGUACCAGGGAAGAAAAUUAAAAAAACCACUUUGGUGCAUGGGCAGAAUGUUCAGACUGAUACAGAUUGCAAAGGCUCCAAAAAUCCAAACAAGCUAAUAAAAACCACAUCAGUUCUGCCCCCUCGGAUGCAGGUCACAAGACAGCAUCACUUACCCUGUUUGGGGAUGUCUUCCCAGCAGACUUCUGCUCAUCACAAAACUCAAGGCAGAAAUGCUCUGCAAGCUGUAAGAAAGACAGAUUGUGAGAGAGUGCAAGAACUGGACCACCCAAACAAGGAUUGUAACUAUUUUGGUCUUUCUCCAGAGGAGCAUAAAGAGAAACAGGCUGUAGAUGGAGUUAAUUCACUUUAUCAAAUUCCGUUCCAGGAUGAAGAAGCUUUCCCUGCACUUUUGAAUCCAUCUGUGUCUCAAGUAGCUACCCAGACUAAUGAGACCUCUGGAUGGCAAAGCCCCCGAGUUCCUAAUGGGAAAAGAAUCAGCAACCCGAAGGAACAACAGGUGACAAGAAAAAAUAUAGAAGCAAAGGAUGAGAAAGUGUCUAAUCCUGAGCAGAUUCUUACAGAUCAGAAGUUGGAUCCCAGAAUGUCUAAGGACACUAAGGAGGAUAUAGCUGUUGCAGGUAUAUCAUCUCCCUCAAGCAAUGGAAAUAUUCAUUCACCACCUAUUGAACACGAACACUUACCAGGUAUGAAUGCUAUCCCAUCUUCAACUGUUCCUGAAAUACAUUUGCCUCCCACUGUGCCUUCUGUACCAGCUAUUGUGCCAGCUUGGUCAAGUGAGUCAACAGUCUAUGUACUAUCAGGUGUUCCACCCCAGAUUCCUGUGUCAUCUGUGAUACCAACACCAACAGCUGGACUAGAUUCCACUCUGAGUCAGGCAACCUCCAGUCCAGUUGCUGCCAUUCCAGUAACACUCCAAGCAGUUAAUCAGCCUUUAAUACCUAUGCCUCAAACGCUGAAUCUUUACCAGGAUCCCUUGUACCCAGGAUUCCCACUUAAUGAAAAGGGAGAACGAGUUAUUACUCCUCCGUACUCCUUAUGUGGUACAGGGGAAGAUCUACCAAAUGAUAAAAAUAUCCUCAGAUUCUUCUUCAAUCUUGGUGUAAAGGCAUACAGUUGUCCCAUGUGGGCGCCACACUCAUAUUUGUACCCUCUACAUCAAGCUUGCCUGACUGCCUGUAGAAUGUAUCCAAAGGUGCCAGUUGCAAUGUAUUCUCACCAUCCUUGGAUGCAGGAGGUACCUUUGACUCAAAAUGGAAAUGAACAAAUAGAUGGACACUUCCAUGUACCAAAUGAAGUCAGAAUAAAUGGACAGAGUCUGCAGACUGAUACUGUAUCUUCACCCAUGCCCUUGUUUAUACAUGCUACCCAAGUGCCUGAAAGCCAAGGACUUGUCUGUGUAGAAUCUGAGAAUCCAGCACAGGCAUUACACACAGGAUAUGAGGAGUCCCUAGGAGGCAAAAACAUAUUUCCACAACCUUCAUUUGGGCAGAAUCCAUUCUUAGGUUCUGUACCACUUACAUCGCUUUUCCCUCAAUUUUGGUAUGGAUAUCCUGUUCCAGGUUACAUUGAAAAUUCUGGAUUGAGACAAGUUGUGCCACCUGAGGCCAAGAGAGGUGAUAUGGUUUUGUCUGAGGAGAAUAGUUCUCCAGUUCCAGUGGCAGAAUGUGCUGAGCCUCUUCAAAAAGCCAAGGGUGAAAGAAACAUCCAAGGCAUACCUCUCCCUAAAACUGCCACCAAGAGUGAAUGUAAUAUCCUAAAUAAAACCUCAGCCCGAGUGCCUAAGGAUCAGCAGACCAGUCCUGCUAUUCCACCUGCUACACAAGCAAAAUCUCUACUCCAAAGCCUCCCUCCCACAGAAACACAAGACAUUAAGAGACAAACAGCAUCAACUUCAAAAACUGAAUUAAAAAAUGUUCUUGGCCAUAAAGAAAAGAGUAACAAACCUAAUGCAUCUAUAUCAGUUAGUGGGGAGGAAAGUCGGGUACCAAGAGCAAGGGAAGAAAGUUCUGAAGAUGAGCAUGAAGUAUCUGAUAUGCUUAGAAGUGGCCGGUCAAAACAAUUUUAUAAUCAAACUUACAGCGGUGGUAGAAGACCUAGAAGUGAAAGGAGCUAUCUUCCUGGGAGAGGAGGCUAUCAGUAUCCAAAAAAUGAGGAACCAUGGAAGGGAUCACCUACUGGAAAUAGAGGGGAAGGCUCUCAUUAUCACCGCAGUUUCAAAGGGAGGCCAUAUCGGAAUGAGAGAAGAUCAAACAUGGGGGAUGGUCAUUGAGGGCAACAGUUAUCUUAAGUAUGAGAAUCUAGACAUUCAGCAUGCAUAUAAAUGCUGAGAAAUAUGCUCAAGGCUUGCAUUCUUUCUGCUUUUCUUAAAGAUUAGAAUAUUUUUUUGUUUUGUCAAAGGAAAGAUGUGGGGCCUUUCAGAAAUUUAACCUGUUAUGUAUUGUACCUUUUUGGCAAUUGAUAAAAACUAAUACUGCUUUAUUUAAUUUCUGAAGACUAAAUAACUCUUGUGUUUGAAAUAUAAAAAGUAUGUUUUUGUUUGAGUUUUAUUUUUCCCAUAAAGAUUUGAGUUUGUGGUAGGGAAGAAGAAAAGAAAGAAGCUAUAAUGAAAAGUUACUGUGGCUAUUUGGUACAUAAUAAAUGAUGCACCAAGUACAUUGUAUAGCAUAGCAUAUGGUAUGUUGAGUCUAAGGACUCUCAACUUACUAGACUUGUUUUUGAUGUGCUUCCAAUCCAAAGCUUUUCAUCUCAAAAACUUGUGAAACUUGAAUGUGUGAGAUUUUAUCUUGCUUCACUUAAUAAUUUUUUGCAGUCACUUAUCUUCGUGUCUUAGAUGGUUUGUUGUGUUUUAUUCAUAGUGAUAUUGUGUGUGUGUGUGUAAAUUUUUUUUCUUGAACUACUCAAAGCAAUCAAGAAUCCCCAUAUAUAAAGUGCGUAGUAAGUUCAGUUUGGUGAUGAAUUCUUCCAAGGAGUCCUAACGCAGGAAUGACUAUAAUAGUGCCUAUGCGGAAAUAUGUAUAUAAGACAAAAGUAGAUGCUGUGCAUUUCCAAGAUAAUUUUACACCUGUUACAAAUGAACUUUUAAGAUAGUUUUGCACUGAAAAUUCCCUAAACGAACUAUGGGAGAGAUGCAUGAAAUAGAUUAAAACUGCAUUUGUCUUGUACUGUGGGUUAUUGAGGCUUUUUUCCCCCUUUUGUUGUUGAAUAUGUUUGCAUUGUUUUAUAAAAAGUGCUAAUUUUUUUAAAAACAAAAUUUGGUUAUCGUAGAAUGAGAUUUCUAACUUCACACUGUCAAUCUAUGUGCUUUCUUCUGGUAUUGCAAAGUGUUGCAAACGUGCACUCCCAUUUUUUCCGUUCUGUAAAACUUAUUUGUGUAGUUGUCUGUGUGUGUGUGUGUGUGUGUAAAAGGUGAUGGUUACUUUUUAUCAUAACUUUUUUUGAUCAGGUGCAUUGAGUGAUACUUGAUAAAUUCCCUUCAUAUACACAUGCAUGUUGUAUAAUUAAAUGUUUGCCCUUUCUGAUA